GAGCAUUUCCAUUCUCAUCUCCAUCUCCAUCCCCAUCCCCAUCCCCAUUACAUGGCAUGGCAUGAUAUCUCUCUAUUGCACACCACACAUACCGUCUUUCUCUACUGUGGUUUACAUUCAACCAACAUCCAUUUACUGUCCACAUCCUGAUUGUUAGAAACCCAUUGAUUUAGAGUCUACAUCCUCAAUCCAUCCCCUUGACUUUCGAACAAGAUAAACAAGCAUGGCAGAUUCAGAAACGUGGAAGCGCGAAGAGGACGAAGAGGAAGAAGAAGAGGAAGCCGAUGAGAUUGACUAUCGCACACAAAAAGAUGCAGUUCUUUUCGUCAUUGACGUCAGCGAAUCGAUGCUUACUCCCCCUCCACCUUCCGAUUCGAAGAAAGCCGAUACAGAUAGUCCCACGCUUGCCGCUCUUAAGUGCGCUCAUAUGAUCAUGCAGCAGCGCAUCAUCUCCAGCCCGAAGGAUAUGAUGGGUAUCAUGUUAUAUGGCACAGAAGAAACAAAGUUCAAAGACCAAAGUGGAUUGGACACCUCGGUGUAUCCUCACUGCUAUCUUCUCACAGAUCUCGAUAUACCAUCCGCCAAGGAUGUCAGGGCAUUGAAGGAGAUUGUCGAAGACGAAGAGGAAGCGAACAAAAUAUUGAUUCCAACGGAAGAAACUUUAGACAUGAACAACUUGUUAUUCUGUGCCAAUCAAAUAUUCACAACAAGAGCGCCCAAUUUCGGAUCGAGAAGACUGUUCAUUAUAACUGAUAAAGAUGAUCCACAUUCUGGAGAUAAGUCUCAAAAGUCAUUGGCUGCAGUUCGAGCUAAGGAUCUGUAUGAUAUUGGUGUUGUUAUUGAACUGUUCCCUAUAUCGACUCGUGACCAUGAGUUUGAUCGCACUAAAUUCUAUGAUGAUAUUAUUUAUCGUGACCCGCUCGCCGAAGAUCCACCAAUUGUCGGUCCGAACAGUCUCAAAUCUAACGGUGAUGGACUGUCUCUACUAAACAAUCUUAUCUUGGACGUCAACUCGAAACAAGUAGCCAAAAGAUCUCUAUUCUCCAAUCUACCAUUCGAAAUAGGACCCAAUCUCACCAUAUCUGUGAAUGGAUAUAACGUUCUCCACAAACAAACUCCAGCCAGACGUACAUUUGUUUGGAUGGGAGGAGAAGUUCCCGAAAAGCCAACUUUGGAAACGACACAGAUGGCCGAAGACACAGCUCGUGUUAUUCAGAAGGUAGAAAUCAAGAAGGCCUAUCAAUUCGGCGGCUCACAAGUUCUUUUCACUCCGGACGAGCAAAAGCAACUAAAGGAUUUUGGACAACCAGGACUUCGCAUUAUUGGCUUCAAGCCUCAAUCCAUGUUACCCUUUUGGGCAUCUGUACAUAAAUCAACAUUUAUAUAUCCCAGCGAAGCCGACUAUGUUGGCUCAACUCGAGUUUUCUCUGCUCUGUGGGAAAAACUCCUCAAAGAUAAGAAAAUGGGUCUAGGAUGGUACAUCGCUCGCAAAAAUGCUAUUCCUGCCAUUGUCGCUAUUUUACCUUCGGCUGAAAAGCUAGAUCCUGCCACAAACCAACAGAUUUUCCCCGCUGGUCUAUGGCUCUAUCCUAUGCCUUUUGCUGACGACCUCAGAAGUGUAGCAGCGCCAGCUCCUAUAGUUGCGCCGGAUGAACUGAUCGAUAACAUGCGCGUCGUUGUACAACAACUACAGUUACCAAAAGCUCAAUACGAUCCAAGGAACUACCCAAAUCCAAGUCUACAGUGGCAUUAUCGGAUCCUCCAAGCUAUGGCUCUAGAAGAAGAUGUUCCUGAAAACCCGGAAGAUAAAACGGUACCAAAGUACAGGCAGAUAGAGAAGAGAUGUGGAGCGUAUAUUAACGAAUGGGGACGGACUCUCGCUUUUGAGUACGAAAAAUGGUGCAGGGAAAAAGGCAACGCAUUGAAAAGAGAGCGCGAUGAGGGAAUCGAUGAGCCUGAGGUGCCGAGGAAGAAAAAGAUUUUGGUAAAAAGUUCGGCUAAAAAACUGUCAGAGAUGGAUAGAGAGGAGUUGAGUAAUUUGGUAUCGAAUGGAGGAUUGGAAAAAUUCAAGGUGGCUGAUCUGAAGGACUGGCUAUUGGCGAAGGGGCUAAACAGUGCGGGGAAGAAAGCCGAUCUGGUGGAGCGACUCGAGCAGUGGGUAGAGGAUAAUUAAUCGCUCGUUAAAAAGGUGACUUUGAUUUUCGUGAUAAUGUAGGGUUUUGGUGCAAUGGCGUAGGAAAGAUGUACUACUUUGCACAAGUAGGAUAUGUACUUGUUAUGAUUGAAUGCGGCUCCAGAGAUAAUUUCAUCGUCUAGCAAGGUCAAGCUAGUAACAUAAUGAGGUUUAUUAAAAGCAGAAUUCGCUUAUCUUUGUCCAUUCGCAUUGCACUCUUAUCUGAUAUUCAAUUUUGAUCACAGUGCAGAAAAUCAAUAAUAGAUGGUUUUACAGCAGGGCCUAAAGAUGAUAUCACGAAUGGACAUCAAUUGACUCAAGAAUUGCACCAUAAAUUGAUUCAGCACAUGCGCAGCCUGAUUCGCCCAGCCGAUUUUCUACACACGGAUUCACUUUUAGAACCUCGCGGGCAUCUUGUCAAUGAUUUAUAGCGGCUCUUCGAAAAUGUCGCCAUUAGUACGCUUGGCGAGCCGAGAACCACGUAUACAAUCCAACUCACAGAUUGUUGCAGAUCUGGUGUUAUUAGAUAACCCAGUGCCAAUUCCCUAUCAGUAAAUGCAACAUUUCA